AUGGCGACCGCGACUACGGACUCCGCCGCCGCCACCCGACGUUUCGCCGUGGCCUGCGGCAAACUCAGCCGGUUCGUCAAGCCGGCCGUCCCGGUGGCGAUGCCGAUGCGGAUGUCGGCGUACGGCGCUGGGGCUGUGCAGGGACCCGACGGCCGGCCGGCUGACGGGGGGCAGCAGCUGACGAUCUUCUACGGAGGGAGGGUGGUGGUGCUCGACGGCUGCACGCCGGCCGGGGCCGCCGAGCUGAUCCGGUACGCCGCGGCGGCGGCGACCCCGACUGCGGCCGCGCCGGCGACGGAACUGGUGGACAUACCCAUCGCGAGGAAGGCGUCGUUGCAGCGGUUCCUCUCCAGGCGCAAGUACAGAUCCGUCACGGUCCUCGACGGUCCACCGUACAGUCAUCCGCAGGAGGGGGCGCCGCCGCCGCCGGCGAAGAAGCGCAAGACCGAAGAUUCUUCUUGGCUCGCCCUGGGUAGCUUAGGAGACAUGCACGCGCACUGGUCCAUCGCCUAA